AGAUGAUAAAUGCGGGAAGCGUUUAGCUAGUAGUAUUCUUUGGACAUUCGAAGAGCUAACUCAUGUGGCUUAUGAAGUUCCUAGUCAGAAGGAACAAGUUGCCAAAUUGGUUAAAUCUCUAUUUGAAAUGGAAGCCUUACAAGUGUUUGUUUCUACUCUUGGUAAGUUUUCUGAAGAUGAUGAUUUACGAGCAGUACAAACAAUUGCGCAAAUGUGUUUUCACGGAGCAUCAGCUGUAGCAACAACGCGGGCAGUAACAGCAAACUGAUGAAUUGGGUGUUUGAAGCAAUUACAGAUUCAUGGGAGUACUAUGCAUGUUAAAGAAGAAAUUGAAGAACGUCUUAUAUCGCUAAUCGAAUCGUUAACUGGUGGCAUUAGCAAGACGAAAAAAUAUACAUUGUUAAAAAAGUUUGAGGAGAAUGAUUGUGAAAGAAUCACUUGGCUUAUGGAGCUCUUCACACGAUAUUCCAAAAAAGUUGGCGCAGUGGCGAAUCAUCCCAAAAGCAAACAGCUGAUCUCGUCUGAGCUCUACAAGGAAAAAUUGCAAAAUGGAUUCUCCACGCUUCAGUCGAUUGCUGUUAUUCUUGGUUAUCUUUGGUUGCCCGAGAUGAAGGCUAAGAUUGAAAGUGAAUUAUCUCGUCACCAGAUAGAGAAGAAACAUGUGCUGGAUGUUCUCUCAGCAUAUCGUGACAACAUUGGCAACGCGGGUGGAUCAGAAAGUACGAAGACGGUGAUCGAGGAAUACAUCGCUCGCCUUGAGGAAAAUUGUCACCAGAGUAUGGAGCUGGGUGCAUGGGAAAAUUCUGGCCAGAGGAUGGAGCUGGAUGUACCGAGAAAGCCUGACCUGGGGAAAAUACAAGCAAUACGCAGAUGCACAUAUGCACAGGAAAAUUCUGGCCAGAGUAUGGAACUGGAUGUACCGGAAAAGCCUGACCAGGGGGAACUGGAGGAUGUACAUAGCAAGCGGCGACGGACUGGCAUCAAUAUACUCGAUAGUUAAAGUUUAUUUGAGGUUAAAACCUUUGGUGUUAGGUACCGAAUAUACUCGACGUCGCUGUUUUUUCUUUUAUCACAUGUAUGAAAAUAUUGGUGAUUGGAUAACCCUGAAGAAAGUGACCAACGCAGCGACAUUUUUGGUUUUUAUUCUGUUCA